GCGAGCUCUCGCUGCCAAAGCAGGGACAACGAAGGCGUAGCUCCUUGCCCAGCUGUCUGCGCCAGUCGCUCUGCAGACGUCUAGACGCCUCGGAGAGAACACACCAGCCCCGGGUGGGACGGUGGGAGUGUGAGUGGGGGGAAGGGAUUGCUGACUAGUGGUUAAACUGGAAAGCUCUUCACCAUGCGGAGAUGGAUGUGAUGGUCUCGAGCGACGAUGUGGAUGGCCUUGAAGUGGCUGGAGUUCCGCUGUUGGACGACCUUUGCCCUCCUGCUGUUUCCCCGCCCCCUCCGGUGUUGGAGGAGGAGCCCCACCUCUCCCCUCGUCCCCUCACCCCCGACCCCACUGUCCCUCUGGACUGCCCUUGGCCGCAGGUGGCCCCUCCUUCGGAGGUCGAUCGGCCUCCCAGUCGGUCUGGGGUCACCUCCCUCGGGAUCCCCUCGGACCAACGCCCCUCCUCCCCCAGAGUCGAGGAACCCCUCCUCGCUCUCCCCACCCCGCCGCCUGACCUCUGCCCCCGCGACCUUGUAUCGACCCCGACUGCCCCGCCCCCCGCCCACGAUGACCUCCCCCCUUCUCCCCCUCCUUCUUCCUCCGACCUCCCUCCCGCGCCCCCCGACCCCUGUGGGUCGUUACCCGGAGACCCCGGCAGUGGGGUGGACGGAGCCCCUCACCCUCCCCCCGGCGAGGCCAAUGGGGGCUUGCGGCCGGCGAGCGUGGACCAAUCCGAGGCCGGCGAUCUUCCAGGCGCCCAAGGGAAGGUCCAGGUCUACUUCCUGCUGGGCAUCUUGCCCCCCGACUCGCCCCUUACCUCUCCCCUCGCCGUACCCCACAAGCCAGAGGCCCACCAGGAGGGACAAGCUCUCCUGGAGGGCAGCGUUUCGGAGGAGAAGGAGGAGGAGGGUGUGCGUGAUUCCCCGGGAGGUGAGGGCAGCCCGGUGAGGCUGCGGAGGGAGGGCAGUUCGAGGAGGCGUUCGAGGAGUGCGCCCCCGCUGGACAGUCAGAACCCCUCGCCCGAUACCCCAGCCACUGCCUGCCAACGACGCUCGACCGGUGGGAGCUCUCACUGCCAACUCCGGCUUCAAGACGCCCUAUCCACCGAGGGAGAGUCGGAGGGGGAGGAGGUGGAGGCGGAGGAGGAGGAGGGAGCGGAGGACGAGGGGUCCUCGGUCAGGGGAGGCAGCGGCCGGAAUCCCCUGGCCAAGUCCAGCAGCUGCCCCUCCCCGGGGUGUACACUAGGUCCGGAACUCCAGAGGGAGAUCAAUGCCCCCAGUGGGGGCAACCAGCGGGUGGAGAAGCGGCCAUCGCGAGAGUGGCAUCGGAGGGGCAUCAGGAGGCCAUCCAUAGCUUUCCCGUCAUCACAAGAUAGCCCGCUGGAUCAGAGGGCUUAUUUGGAGAGUGAAGAUUUGCUGGAGAUGGGGGGAUCCAAUAACUUACAGGCCAGGCUUUGGCAAAGAAGAUCGAAGAUUCUACAGUCCUCCUCCCUCCUCUAUCAGGAGUACAGCCACGUCACCCUGGAUCGGGAAAUCCUGCGGCAGAAGCAGGAGCCGCCUGCAUGGUGCGAGACGCCGGCGUCCCAGGACCCCGUCCAGAGACGGAUCAGGGGUCCAUUCACCCCCCGGACCCCCAGCACAGUCCGGGCCUCCAUCUCGGUGCCCUUCUCCCUCUGGAGGGACAUUCCGGAGGUCAGGAAGCGCUCUGAGUUCGACAGCCUGAGCCAGCAAAAGCAGAGGCUGCAGGAGGCAAAGUAUGAGCUGAUCACCUCGGAAGCGUCCUGUCUCCGGAGCCUGGACAUCGCAGUGGAACAUUUCCAACACGCCCCCAAACUGCAGGAGGUGCUCAGUAACCAGGACAGCCAGUGGCUCUUCUCCAGGAUAUCGGACGUUCGCGAGGCCAGCCGCAGCUUCUUGGGAGAAUUAGAGGAAGAUCUGGAAGACGAUCUCAUGGAGUUUGACGUCUGUGGGAUCUUACUGUGCCACCUCCCAGCGUUCCGAGCUGUCUACAUCCCCUACGUCACCAACCAGUCAUACCAGGAGAAGACCUUCAAACGUCUCAUACAGAACAAUCCCCAGUUCCGGGAGGUGGUGGAAGACUUGGAGAGUGACCCCGUUUGUCAGAGGCUGUCUCUGAAAUCCUUCCUGAUUCUACCUUUCCAGCGGAUUACACGACUCAAACUCCUCGUACAG